UCUGCCUCAUGCAGUGUGGUUGGUCAGUCCAUGCUCUAAUAUUCGUGUCGCUGGCCGUUCGUCAUAAACAUUCUCCUGCAGUCACAGCACGCCCAAAGUUUCGAAACCGCAUUAAAAUAUUGCUGCAAUAGAGUAGGACGGUCCGCUCUCGUCCGCGACACCAUUUUCUUUUCUCCCCCGCUGUGCGUUUCAAAUGACCUAGUACUGUAGUGCUGUUUCUCCGGCCCCCUCGCACCGCAAACCUCUCCCUCCCUGCCACGCUACUAAAUGCUCCCAUUUUUCGCGUUAAUUAGUACAGCUUAUUGCAAUGGGUUUGUUCUGAGCGACAAUGAAGUUGCCGGACGUCAAACUAGUAUUAACUCCUUUCAGCCGUACUAUACCGUAAAGUCGACUGACUAAGACCCACGCAUUGGCUCAAGGCUUGUGUGAGACCCAUAGAAAUAGUUUCUCGUCUAUCGCGUCUCACUAUGUAGUUUAGUUUCUACAAGAGCCACCUGCUCAGACUCGUCAGCGGCGCGGCUGCGGCGGCGGGGGAAGCCGCGGCCCGGUAUCCCUAGUUACCAUGACGGCGCACCGCAAGGGGACCUCCGCGCGCCCUUCCGCCACUCUCCGGGGAAGCGCGGGCGGCGGAGGGGGCUCCGCGGGGGCGGGCCUGUGCGCUGCCGCUGAUGUCGCUCCGUCUGGGGCUACUGGCGCGCCUAAUAGUGGUGGCUCCGCUAAUGGCGGCGGUAAUGUCGGAGGGAGCAGUAGCAACAGUGGCAAUGCGGGUGGUGGUGGUGGUGGUGGGAGCAGCGGUGGUGUUUCUGGGUCUGCUAUUGGGACCGGAACUGGGAAGGGGAGAUGGAGUGUGUGCCAGCAGUUGCCAGUGAUUUUACUGACUGCUACUAAUAUGAUCAUCAUUGGCAUGCUGUACAGCGACAUCUCCCACCAUCACUCCGACGACUCCAUCUACCCCGACACAGGCGUCGCCACACCAGCAUCAUUCUCCUCCCACUCCCACCCGCACUCACGCCACCUGACCCCGCGGCACAGGCUGCAAGAAGGCGGACUAGACGUGGAGGACAGAGGGAGCUUGCAAGAAAAGGAUAGUGAGAGCUCGCGUGAAACGAGGGGCGGCAGAGGGCGAGGAAAGAGGCUGGGGCCUGGCGAUGCUGAUGUGGAGGGACAGGCGUUGGAUCUAGAGGGAGAUGUAGAUCGAGAUCGAUCCGACGGCUGGGGUGAUGAGGGGGAAGGGGGUAUUGGGGGGAAGGAGGGGAGGAGCAAGAGGCGGAAGAGGCGGAAGAGAAGGAAGAGGGAAAGGCAAGAAGGGCGAAGCGAGGACAGAAGGGGCGACAAUGGGAGUGAGCUUGAAGGAGGAGGUGACGGUUCAGGUGAUAGUCCAGGGUCAGACUUCGGAGGGAAUGACUGGGUUGAAAGGCAAAGAGCCAGGAGAAAAGGAAGAAGACGGAGAGGUGAGGGAGAGGGGGGAGAGAUGGAAGAUGAGGGAGCAAGAGAGGGGGUUGAGAGAGAAAGAGAGGGAGUAGGGGAAGGAGGAGGGAGGAGUGAAAUGGAUAUUGAUGGGGAGACCGGGCGAACGAAGGAAAGGGGCGGGGAGGGGGAGAGAGAAGGGGAGGUAGGCGGAAAGAGAGGGGGAGGUAGAGAAGGAAGCAGAAAAGGCAGCAAAGAAUGGGAAAGAGAGAAUGUGGGAGUUGGAAGUGAGAGGAUAUGGGAGCAAGGAAAAGGCCAGAGCUUAAGCGGAGGACCAGGAGGAGCGAGAGGGGCGCGAGUGGCGGCUGGUGGAAGCACGCAAGGGGAGGAGGUGAGGGACGGAGGUAUCAGUGGUGGAAUCAGACAAGUCGUAGAGCAACAGAGGGAGCAGCAGCAGAGAUUACCGCCGCAGGAGAGAGCGAAGCAGCAGCAGAAGGAGAAGCAGCUGAUUGGGGAGGAUCAGACGCAAGAGCCGCAGAAGGAGCAGAGGCAGCAGCAGAAGCGGGAGUGGGGGGCUGGGAGCGAAGGGACGCAGUCCAGGGGAUUCAACAAGGGAGGGGUUGGAAUGGACAGGUCUUCCUCUUCCUCUUCCUCUUCCUCUUCCUCUUCCUCUUCCUCUUCCUCUUCCUCUUCCACUUCCACUUUCUCUUCCUCUUCCCCACUGCUCUUAAGCCCCUCUGUCUCUCUGCCUUCCCACUCUCCUCCCACACUCCCUCCUGCUCCUCAUCCCCCCCUUCCAUCCCUCACUACGAAAUUCCCCUCUCCCCCAACCCCAACUCUUCCCUCUCCACGUGCCUCCUCCCUGCCUCUUCACACUCCAUCAAUCUCCCCUCGUCCUCCUUCCUCUUCCCCCCACUCUUUAGCUCGCUCGCCUCCCCUUUUAGUCACACCACCCUCGUCAAGCGCCCAAUCAGCUAAGGCCCAAUCAGCCAGGCCUCCAUCCCUACUUUUCCCUUCUAUGGACAAGAGAAGCCAGGGACAGACGCAGCGGCAACAGAAGGAGCAGCAGCAAGCGCAGCGGCAACAACAGGCAGCUUCGCAGCAGCAGCAGCAGGGGAAGCAGCAGGGGAAGCAGCAGGGGAAGCAGGGGAAGAAACAGCAGCAACAGCAGCAAGAGCAACGGCAGCCGCAACAGGAGAAGAAAAAGAGGAAGCAAUCGCAACAGCAGAGGCGGAAACGUCAGGAGAAGAACCACGAGAAUGGGCAGCAGAUGCUGCCACAACAGGAGCAGGUUUCUCAGAAGCAGCGGAAACAAAACCGCCAGCAAAAGCUGCAGCAGCAGCAGAAGCAGCGAGAACAGCAGGAGCAGCAGCAGCAAGGGGGCAGCAAGGGAGCAGGAGGAUUGACGGAUCUUGCAUGGGCUAAAGGUGACUUUGUGCUGUUCAGCGGCUACCGUGCCUCCAUGGAUUCCUUUGUAGCCAUCGGAUUGCACCGCCAGGGCAACACCACCACCUUCACCGCCCAAUCAUGCGAGUGGGUGGACAAGGCUGGAAAGAGGCACCCAGGACGAGUCAUGGUCAAGCGCCCGUCCCAGCCGCACCCACCAAAACACCUGCAAUCAGCCGCUGCUGGUACUGCUGCCACUGCUGCUGCCACCACUCCUGGGAAAUCCCCAGCAGCAGGGGGAUCAACGGGAGGAGCAGCAGCAGGGGCAGCAGCGAGGGGGGGCAGUGGGGGCAGUGGGGCCGGGGGCGGGGUUGGAGGGGGAGCAGAGACGGUGGUACUGGUUUGCAUGUUGCAGGAGGAGACGAGUCUGCGCACGGGGGGCCAGCUGCACAUGGUGGUGAAUGGCGCUGACGUGCUGGUGUACGAGGAGGAAGGGAAUCCUGGGUACCACCACCGAUUCGCUGACGAGGAGACGUUGAUCUACAACCUCAUGUACUGCAGCACGCCCAUCCACGUGGCCGUGCACGCUGCCAGAUUCGCUCAGUGGCUCAACUUCCACCGCACCAUGCACCACGUGGACUAUUUCCAGCUGUACGAUGCGGGCGGCAUAGAGGAGCGGCUGCUGCAGCAGCUGGCGCCCGCCAUAGAGGCGCGCGCCGUGGCUGUCAUGGACAUGCGGGGAGUAGCAGGGCUCGAUGGGGUGGCGCAUGGGCAGCUCUUGGCGUUUCACGACUGCCUGUACUUCGCCCGCAGUGCAGCGCGCUGGGCGCUCUUCCUGCACCCUGACGAGUACCUGCUCGUGCUGCGCCCCCCGCACUCCAUCACGCCCCUGCUCGCACUGCACCAGCAAUCUUCACACAUCACCUUUGGCGCCUUCCGUUUCCUCACCGGCACAUGCCCUCGCACCUCUCAAGCCAACCCUCUCGCCCUGCCCACCCACACGCAAGGCCCAGAGCAGAAGCAGGGGCAGGGGCAGGGGAAGCGAGGCGGAUCAGCAGGAGGUGUGGCAGCAGCAGGGGGAGCUGCGGGAGAGGGGCAAAGGGGGGAGGGAUGGGCAGUGGAGGGAAUGAGGUGGAGGGAGGCGGAACCAGCAUGCAAGAACACAACACUGUACCCUGACAGGAGCAUGUGCCUCGAGGGGGUGGGGCAACGGAAGUUUGUGGUCGACCCAAGGCGAAUACACAUGCUGACUGUGCACAAGGUGCUGGAGCCCCGGGCAGGGGAGGUGAACCUGCCCACCACAGCAGUGCACAUCAGCCACUUCCCUAGCCUCACUUCGCGCCACCUGCGUCCCUGUGCCAACACGCUCUCCCCAGAGGACGUUUCCGCACGCCUUCUGGUCCUUGAUGGCUCGGUUGCUGACUUGGCGCGGACGGUUCGGUCGGCUGCAGAGUCUGUGGCUGCUGCUGCUGCUGCUGCUGAUGGUGGCGGUGGUGGUGGUGCUGCUGCUGCUGCUGCAGCUGCCAGGUGAACAAGGUUCAGGGUUAUGUGAUCCUAAGCCCUAGGCGCCUGAAACCUUGAUUCCUCCCAGUAGCUAAAAUUCAAAUACGUUUUUGGGUUAGUUUCUCAAAUGGAAAUACCCGUUUGUGCCAUUCCAAAACCUUGAUUUGAUAAGUGACCACUGAGGUGUACUGCGGGGUAAUGGUUAGCCCUAUUCACACUAUGCCGGAUCACAGUGUCUUGCACCAAGCUGAACAUGCCAGCCAUAAACCAUCACAUUGUCA